AUGACACUGGGGUCCCUAAAGGAGUCUGUUAUCCCGGACGAUGCGUACAUGCAGAACAUUCGGAACCUGUGUACUGAAAAUCACUCAUGGUGCCGUAUUUAUUGCAAGCACAACAUUACGGUUUUCUCAAGGCUUACAGAGGCUUCUGAUAUUAAAAUGUUCAAACUAGUUGCCACUCUAAAAGACGUAUCCGCGGAUACACUCUUCGAUACACUCAUGGAUUCGGAGUACCGAAAAUUAUGGGACAAAAAUAUGCUCGAGAGCUACGAACUUUGUUCAAUCAAUCCGAACAAUGACAUUGGCUACUAUGCUCAUUUCACAGUCAGAUCAUUUCCAGCAAUUCGUGACAGGGAUUUCGUCCUUCAAAGAUCGUGGCUACAGGCCCAUUCCGAGUAUAUGAUCGCAAAUCGUUCGAUAUUCCACAAGGCCCUUCCUCCCCGCAAACAAUACGUCCGGGCCAUUUCUCAUCUAACGUCCUACAUCAUCCGACCUUGCGGUUCAAAUGAGUGCGAACUGAUCUAUAUCACCCAAUGCGACCCACGUGGAAAACUACCGACCUGGGCAGUCAACAAAGCCACUCAGUAUGUAGCUCCUCGCGUGAUCAAACGGCUGAUUAAGGCUUGCCAACAAUAUACGGCGUGGAAACGAAGACAUCAGCCAGAAUUCAAACCCUGGAUCUACCCAGAACAGUGCAAGCUACCGACCAUUAAUUGGGAUGAUAUAUUAUCCACCCCCGAUGUGGCUGGCGACGUAACGGUGGAUGAAAGCAAUGCCAUGGAUAUUACUGAAAACGGAAAUGGGAACGAAGAUGACACCGAGUGAUGUGGAUCAGAAGCAAUGUACAAAGUGGCUGUUUUGAAUUUCCUUUGAACAGUGAUGCAUUGUAAAGUUUUUUGAGGCACCUUUUUGUUUACCACAGUUGAUUUAUCUUUUUUGGGAUACCGGAAAUUGAUUGUUUUCACCAACCUAUCGCUGGCUAUUCCUAGCCAAACCUUUUGUCACCUCAAUCUCCUUAGGAGUACCAGUGAAGUAGUGUUUAUUUCCUCAUUUCGAUUCAAUUUUCAUACUGCAGGGGUUGGCGAGAAAAAAAUCUUAUGAGAGUUGCUUCUUUCGCCUCAAUCUGAUAUGCAAAUCGGUAUUGGAUUUCUGCUGUUUUUUAUGGACUGCGGCUUGUAUC